AUGGCCGACACGCUGGACGUGAACCAGUUUCGCUGCUCCAUCUGUCUGGAGCCCUACACCGACCCAGUCUCCAUCCCAUGCGGACACAACUUCUGCAAGCUGUGCAUCGAGAAGUUCUGGGACACCUCGGAGCGCUGCUGCUGCCCCCUGUGCAUGGAGGCGUUUUACAGGAGACCCGAGCUUCGGGUCAACUACUCCUUCCGAGAUGUUGUCAAUCUCUUCAAAAACCCAAGUCCGCUGACGAGCAGAAAAGGCAGCGAGGCGAGAGCUGGCGACGUGGCGUGUGAUGUCUGCACGGAUGUGAAGCUGAAGGCCACCAAGUCCUGCCUGGUGUGUCUGGUGUCCUACUGCGAGACCCACCUGGAGCCUCACAAGACAGCAGCAGGCCUGAGCAGACACAAGCUCAUAGAGCCGGUUAGAAACCUGGAGGACAGAAUAUGUAAGAAGCAUGAGAAGGUCUUGGAGAUGUUCUGCAAGAAGGAGGAGAAGUUUAUCUGUCAGAUCUGCGCCCAGACCGAACACAGCCGGCACCAGGUUUUGACGUCGGAGGCGGCGUCACAGCAAAAAAUGAUCCAGGUGAAGAGGAGGGGGAGAGAAGUGGAGCUGAUGAUACAGGAUCGACAGAAGAGGAUCGAAGAAAUCAAUCGCUCCAAGAUACAAACCCAUGAGAACGCACGGAGACAGAUGGAGACGAGCGUUAAGGUGUUCACGUCCGUGAUCGACUCCAUCAGAAAAACCCACAAAGAGCUGACGGAGGAGAUCGAGGCGAGACACAACGCCGAGCAGAAGAGGUUCGAGGAGCUCAUCGCCGAGCUGAGGAAGGAGAUCGAUGAACUGGAGAAGAAGAACGUCGAGCUCCAGCAGCUCUCGCAUAUUGAAGACCACAUCAGUCUCCUGCAGGCUUUCAGCAAAGCCCACGCACUUCCACCAACCCAGAACUGGCCAAGCAUCCCCGUUAACGAAGUGGACUUUCUGGAUUAUAUACGAACAUCUUUGAUUAGAGCCAGAGAGUUCAUGAACGUGGAAAUUAAACAGCAGGCAGCCACCGAGCUCAGGACCGUGCAGAAAUUUGCAGAGGACAUCAGCAUCGACGCCGACACCGCCGGGCCCUGGCUGCUCGUCUCUGAAGAUGGGAGAGAAGUGAGGCAGUCGCCGAAGAAGCAAAGAGUUCCAGCCAGCAUGGCGAGAUUCACAGAGAACACGUUUGCCGUUGCAACUCGGGCGUUUUCCACCGGCAGGCACUACUGGGAGGUCUGGGUGACGGGGAAGUUCAACUGGCUGCUGGGACUCGCCUCCGACUCCCUGAGGAGGAGCGAACACGUCGCUCCCUGCCCAGAGAACGGCCUGUGGACGGUCGGCCUCCGGGACGGGGCGAAGUACUUUGCUUCCACAAAGAACCCGUCCCGUCUGACGCUGCCGUUCCCUCUUCAGAGGGUGGGAGUGUUUGUGGACUACGAGGAGAGGCAGGUGUCCUUCUUUAACGCGCUGACCAUGACUCACAUCUUCACCUUCACAAAGUGCAAGUUCACAGCAAAGGUUUACCCCGUAUUUGAUCCUUGUUUGGCCCCAGAGAAGAAGGAGAUGGCUCCUCUGAAAAUCACCAUGGUAGAGAUCACAAAAUGAAAAGUUGAUGACGAUCAUGUUUAGCGCUCUAGAUGUCCUGUAUGAGCUCAUCAGAAACAGACUGUAUGUCCAACAGUGAUUCUAUGACACAUCACAGAUCACCUUCACUCAUUUGCACUAUAAGAGAAGAGGUUUAUUGUGUAUUUAUUGAUGCUGAUCACGUUUCUAUACACGAUACAACAUAUCGUCAGCAUCGUGGUCAUUUAUCAUAACUGAUCAGAUGUCUGAACAUAUAAUGCACUGACAAACUUUACAAUUAAAAAGAUGAUUUUAUUUUAACAGGUAAACAUCCCUGUGGACCUACAUCCAGCAGCCAGUUAGCUUAGCUUAGCAUAGCUUAGCAUAAAGACUGUAACUACCACGUUGCAUCGUGUUUGUUUAAAACCAAAGUGUAAAUAUGAGGAGUCACUGAGUCGGGUUUUGUACUUGAUAAGCAACCAGAUGUAAACACCAGGAAGUCACCGCUUCCACCUGACACAUAAAACCCAAUAAAACGAUGAGUUAUUGUGUGUUUGUACAUAGCAGAUAAUUUGUCACGGAAAAGAUAUUGAUUUCCAUGUUAACCAUAACAGAACAAGCCAAACCUGUAAAUAAAGUCAGCAUCAAUAACCUGGAUUCUAAUAAAUGUUAUUCAUUAUUUUCAC